AAGAGUUUACAGGGAAGUGAAAGCUAAGAAAAAAAGCCUUCCUGGAUUGGCCUGGUUACCGCUCCUGCUUCCUUCCACAGAAACUUCAAUUCCCAGAGGCAGGGGCGGUAGUUACACAGUGGAGGCUACGGCGGGGAGGCCCAGUAUAAUCACAAGGAUUCAUAAACUGGAAGAGGGAGACAGAAGAGAUGGUCAGAGUGAUAUGAAGUAAGAAGGAUUCAGCUCACUCUUGUUGGUUUUGUAGAUGGAGGAAGGUGCCGUGAGUCAAAGAAUGCUAGAAAAGGUUCUGAAGAGUGUCACUCCCUCACUGGCUGCCAUUCAAAGAGUCCACUUCUCAGUGACUCCUAGCUGGGCACUGGAUGCAGUUGAGGGUCGCUGGUCAAUAUGAUUCUUCUUGCUGUGCUUUUUCUCUGCUUCAUUUCCUCAUAUUCAGCAUCUGUCAAAGGUCACACAACUGGUCUCUCAUUAAAUAAUGACCGGCUAUACAAGCUCACAUACUCCACUGAAGUUCUUCUUGAUCGGGGCAAAGGAAAACUGCAAGACAACGUGGGCUACCGCAUUUCCUCCAACGUGGAUGUGGCGUUACUGUGGAGGAAUCCUGAUGGUGAUGAUGACCAACUGAUCCAAAUCACGAUGAAGGAUGUAAAUGUUGAAAAUGUGAAUCAGCAGAGAGGAGAGAAGAACAUCUUCAAAGGAAAAAGUCCACCUAAAAUCAUAGGAAAGGAAAACUUGGAAGCUCUGCAAAGACCUAUGCUCCUUCAUCUAAUCCAUGGAAAGGUCAAAGAUUUCUACUCAUAUAAAAAUGAGCCAGUGGCCAUAGAAAAUAUCAAGAGAGGCCUGGCUAGCCUAUUUCAGACACAGUUAAGCUCUGGAACCACCAAUGAGGUAGAUAUCUCUGGAAAUUGCAAAGUGACCUACCAGGCUCAUCAAGACAAAGUGAUCAAAAUUAAGGCUUUGGAUUCAUGCAAAAUAGAGAGGUCUGGAUUUACGACCCCAAAUCAGGUCUUGGGUGUCAGCUCAAAAGCUACAUCUGUCACUACCUAUAAGAUAGAAGACAGCUUUGUUAUAGCUGUGCUUGCAGAAGAAAUACAUGCUUUGGGGCUGAAUUUCCUACGAACCAUUACAGGGAAAAUAGUAUCAAAGCAGAAAUUAGAGCUGAAGACGACCGAAGCAGGCCCAAGACUGAUGUCUGGAAAGCAAGUUACAGCCAUGGUCAAAGCAGUCAAUUCAAAGUACACAGCCAUUCCCAUUGUGGGGCAGAUCUUCCAGAGCCAGUGUAAAGGAUGUCCUUCUCUCUUGGAGCACUGGCAGUCCACCAGGAAAUACCUGCAGCCUGACAACCUCUCCAAGGCUGAGGCUGUCAGAAACUUCCUCGCCUUCGUUCAGCACCUCAGGACUGCGAAGAAAGAAGAGAUCCUUCAAAUCCUAAAGACAGAAAGCAAGGAAGUAUUACCUCAGCUGGUAGAUGCUGUCACAUCUGCUCAGACCUCAGACUCAUUAGAAGCCAUUUUGGACUUUUUGGAUUUCAAAAGUGACAGUAGCGUUAUUCUCCAGGAGAGGUUUCUCUAUGCCUGUGGAUUUGCCUCUCAUCCCAAUGAAGAACUCCUGCGAGCCCUCAUUAGUAAGUUCAAAGGUUCUAUUGGGAGCAGUGACAUCAGAGAAACUGUUAUGAUCAUCAUUGGGGCACUUGUCAGAAAGUUGUGUCAGAAUGAAGGCUGCAAACUCAAAGCAGUAGUGGAAGCCAAGAAGUUAAUACUGGGAGGACUUGAAAAAGCAGGGAAAAAAGAGGAUACUACAAUGUAUCUGCUGGCUCUGAAGAAUGCCCUGCUUCCAGAAGGCGUCCCACUUCUUCUGAAGUAUGCAGAAGCAGGAGAAGGGCACAUCAGCCACCUCGCUACCACUACUCUCCAGAGAUAUGAUCUCCCUUUCAUAACUGAUGAGGUGAAGAAGACCUUGAACAGAAUAUACCACCAAAACCAUAAAGUUCAUGAAAAGACUGUGCGCACUACUGCAGCUGCUGUUAUUUUAAAUAACAAUCCAUCGUACAUGGAAGUCAAGAACAUCCUGCUCUCUGUUGGGGAGCUUCCACAAGAAAUGAAUAAAUACAUGCUCUCCAUUGUUCAAGACAUCCUACGUUUUGAAAUGCCUGCAAGCAAAAUGAUCCGUCGAGUUUUGAAGGAAAUGGUCGCUCACAAUUAUGACCGUUUCUCCAGGAGCGGAUCCUCUUCUGCCUACACUGGCUACAUAGAACGUAGUCCCCACUCGGCGUCUACUUACAGCCUAGACAUUCUUUACUCGGGUUCUGGCAUUCUAAGGAGAAGUAACCUCAACAUCUUUCAGUACAUUGGGAAGGCUGGUCUUCACGGCAGCCAGGUGGUUAUUGAAGCCCAAGGACUGGAAGCCUUAAUUGCAGCCACCCCUGAUGAGGGGGAGGAGAACCUUGACUCCUAUGCUGGCAUGUCAGCCAUCCUCUUUGAUGUUCAGCUCAGACCUGUCACUUUUUUCAACGGAUAUAGUGAUUUGAUGUCCAAAAUGCUGUCAGCAUCUGGCGACCCUAUCACUGUGGUGAAAGGACUUAUUCUGAUAAUAGAUCAUUCUCAGGAACUUCAGUUACAAUCUGGACUAAAAGCAAAUAUAGAGGUCCAGGGUGGUCUAGCUAUUGAUAUUUCAGGUGCAAUGGAGUUUAGCUUGUGGUAUCGUGAGUCUAAAACCCGAGUGAAAAAUAGGGUGACUGUGGUAAUAACUAGUGACAUCACAGUGGACUCCUCUUUCGUGAAAGCUGGCCUGGAAACCAGUACAGAAACAGAAGCAGGCCUGGAGUUUAUCUCCACAGUACAGUUUUCUCAGUACCCAUUCUUAGUUUGCAUGCAGAUGGACAAGGAUGAGGCUCCAUUCAGGCAAUUUGAGAAAAAGUAUGAAAGGCUGUCCACAGGCAGAGGUUAUGUCUCUCAGAGAAGAAAGGAAAGCCUGUUAUCAGGAUGUGAAUUCCCACUCCAUCAAGAGAACUCGGACAUGUGCAAAGUGGUGUUUGCCCCUCAGCCGGAUAGUACUUCCAGUGGAUGGUUUUGAAACUGGCCUGUAAUAUUUUACUUGAAUUUGUCUCCUUGAAAGGGAUACGAUGUGACAUGACUAAGUACUUGCUCUCUGAGAGCACGACGUUUACAUGUUUACCUGUAUUUAAGAUUUUUGUAAAAAGCUACAAAAAACUGCAGUUUGAUAAAAUUUGGGUAUAUGCAGUAUGCUACCCACAGUGUCACUUUGAAUCAUCAUGUGACACUUUCAACAAUGUUCUUAGUUUUCUUAUACCUCUCAAAUCCCAUUUGGUACAGUGAAAAUAGUUAUUCUCUAAGAGGAAACUAGUGUUUGUUAAAAACAAAAACAAAAUGAUACAAGAACCCAAUUUUGUUUCAACAGUUUUUGGAUCAAUAUAUAUGAGGCCCUUGAUAGGGCUUCCUUAAGCAUGACGGGAAAACCAAACAUGUUGCCUAAUCAGAAAAAAAAAAGAAAAGAAAAGAAAGAAAGAAACCUUUUUUUUUUUCUUCAUUUUUGGAGUUGAGGGCCCGGGGAGAAGGGUUAAGACUUUUAAAACACUUUUGUUAGCCAACUUCAAGAGUUAAUAUUUAUGUUUCUGUUAUUGUUAGUUUUAUUAAGCCCUAAGAUAGAAGGCACAUAGAAUUAACAUCUCAUCUUUCUGCUGACCAUGUAGUGAGGUUGCUCCAAAGACAUUCAGAUCUCUACCUCCAACCCUACAAAAAUAUUAGACUUAGCACAGGGGAAUCAGAAAAAUGAAUUUCAGAAACUCCGUUUGAUUCUUCUUUUGCUGUGUCUUUCUGAGACCGUAAUGUGGCACACUGUCCUGUAAGGGAACAUUCUCAUAUAUUAAUCAUUUUAUCUCUGCCUCACCUUUUGGGGGUGAGAGCUCUAGUUCAUUUAACUAUAAUCUGCACAAUAGCCAGGAUGACUAAGAGAACAUUGUGUCAAGAAACUGUGGAUCUGGAUUUCCAAAAUAUGAAAGCAAGAAAAGAACAUUUUUAUUUGUAUGAAUUAAAAGAGCCAUGUUGAACAUUCACAAAUAUUUAUUAAUAAACAGAAAUGGUGAUAAACCCAAAACAAAUAACAGGUGCUCAUUUUCCACUAAACACACACAUGUGAAAUGAAAGUUUAGCUAGCCCACUAUUGGUUGUAAAUUGAAAAUGAAUUUUGAUAAAAUAAAUAUGUAGAAAUCAUAA